AUGCCGACAUUGCUUCAAGCUCCAGAUGUCAGCAGAUCUCCCCUGACUCGCUUGGACAAUGUCUGCAAGGCCUUCAUCGCAGAGGCCAUGCAGGGAGGCCUGCGCCCGCGCCGUCGCGCAAAGAAAGAAAGGAGGCGCUUUCCUUUGCCGCCACUUCCACGGGCGCCUCCCCUGCAUCCUGAAAUUAUGGAGGCCGAUGAGAUGUUGGGCCCAAGUGUCUCCGACGAAGAUGCAGGCUUUGGCAUGCAAGCGAUUCAGUAUGAUGGUCUCUGGCCACGAACAGAACCCGGCUGCAGCAAAUUUCCACCUUUGAGCUUGCCGUCCACCUGGAUGCUUCUGAGUCUGGAGGCGGAUAAGAUGAUGCGGUCGACCUCGUCUUUCCAUUCGGUGAGCAGCCGCAGCAUGCGAAGAAGCCCAUUGCAUCAGACGAGCAAGGCGGAGAAGCUCGACUCGACGCAGACAUCUGAGACUCGGGCGAAGGAGCAAUCGGACGCCAAGCGCCCGGUAGCUCUCAGAAUGAACUCCGAAAGUUUCAUUGACGAAGAAGGCCCAAAUCGUGACCUGAGCGCUGGCUCCGGCACUACCCCGGUGACGCAUGUGCUAUCAUCCCAGCAGAGUGCCGAGAACUUUGCGCCGCGUGGCCAGGUUGCAGAUCGGCAGAGUCGACCCAGCUUGGUGCGGGCUGAGGAAGGCUCCGUCGGGCCAGCGCAGAUGGAUGGUGUCCAGGAUCUUGUCAGCCCCGACAGCGACAGCGCUUCGCGGUGGGUAAGGCAGACCAGCCCUUCGGAUUUCACCCCAAGGAGCCAGGACAGGUCCAUCCGAAUGAGCCGCCUCGAUCCGGUGAACCGCGGGGAUUCGCUAAGCACCAUGAACCCUACGUUCCAGUCCCCGCAGACCUCCCCAACGACAGCUUCACUGGCGGCGCUGGCAGCCGAGGUCUGGUGCGUGAAUCGCUGUGACCGCUCCAUUGAGUCAUCUGGUUUGACUCGACUCGGGCAGCAGGACGAGUCCAAGCUCGACCAGGCGGCCCAAGAAGUCUUCGUCAAAGUGAAGUGGGAGGGUGAGAACCAGGUCCACCGCUCAUCUCUCCUUUCGGCUCUGGAGCUCCUGGGCUUCGUUGCCCCGAAGCAGAGCUGGGUCGAUGAGAUUUUCGAAGAGAUCAGCCCACAGUACAACCAGAUAGAGUUUGACGUGUUCAGAGACUUCAUCAGGAAAUACAUCGCCUACCAAGACAAGGCUUAUGAAGCAGCCUUCGCAAGAUGCGACGGUGAUGGUUCUGGCCUGGUAGAGGCCUCGGAAGUUGCUGUCCUUCUACGAGACUUUGACAUUGAGCCGAUGACCCACGUCCUGCAAGAGGUCAUUGAUGAGGUGGACAAGGAUCGUGGAGGAACCUUGGACCCUGACGAGUUUAAGGAGUUGAUGGAACUACUGAAGCGUCGAGAGGGGUUCACAGCCAGCGAGUACGAGGAAUUUGUCGGCAUCUUUGACCGCCACGGUCACGACGGGACCAAUCUGCUGGACAGCAAGGAGUUCCAGACCAUUCUGAACUGGCUGGGCUUCUGCUGGCCUCCUGAAAGGACACAGAAGAUCCUGGACCAGGUGGACCAUGACAAAGCCAAAGGCAAGCUCAAUCAGCGUCAGUACCUGCAGUGCAUGCGACGCGUGCGGGAAUCCGAGCUCGAGCUCCUCCAGAAGCUGAUCAAGGAGAACGACGCAGACCAUUCAGGGACCAUCAACAUGAUGGAGGUGGUGCCUGUCUUGAAGGAUCUUGGCUACGAGAUGUGGGACAUCUCGGCCAUCCACGAGGCUGCCGAAGAAUGUGGCGUCGCAGCCGUCGAGAUGGACUUAAGCGCAAUGUGGCGGCUGCUGCUCACGUAUCGCCAGCGAGAGGGCUUCUGCAACAUUGACCUGGAGCAAGUUGACGCCUCGUUCCACAAGCAAGACAAGGACGGCGCCGGCCAACUCCCGGCUCUGGAGGCGACGCGUGCUUUGCGAGAGCUGGGCUUUACGGCGGGCUUUCACGUCAUGCACAGUGUACUCAACAAGGUGGACGUGGACGACACAGGCACUCUUGACAAGCCAGCGCCCCAGAACGAGUGCGCAACGCGGCUAG